AUGGAAGCGGAGUCCACCUCCUCCAGUCCGUGCAGAUACAGGUAUGAAGAUUACAAGGAGACAGCAGACUACCUGCUGGGCAACACAAAGCAGCGUCCUAAAGUGGCCAUCAUUUGUGGUUCAGGCCUGGGUGGACUGGCUGAUCUGCUGGAAAACAAAGAAGCAUUCCCUUAUAAAAACAUCCCACGUUUCCCCACUAGCACUGUGCAGGGCCAUGCUGGUCAGCUGGUGUUUGGGCUGCUGGGGGGUCGUGAGUGUGUCUGCAUGCAGGGGCGAUUCCACUUCUAUGAGGGCUAUAACAUACACACGGUGACAUACCCAGUGCGAGUCUUUUACCUGCUUGGCGUGGAGACUCUGAUUGUGACAAAUGCGGCCGGGGGUCUCAAUGGCAGCUACAAAGUGGGUGACAUCAUGCUCAUUAAGGAUCACAUCAACAUGCCAGGCUUCGCAGGGCAGAACCCGCUCUGUGGGCACAAUGAUGACAGGUUUGGAGUGCGUUUUCCUUGCAUGUCAGAUGCAUACGAUCGUGACCUGAGGACUCUGGCCAAGCGAAUCGCAGAGGAGCAGAGCUGCGACAGGUUCCUGCAGGAAGGAGUUUACUGCAUGCUGGCUGGACCGACAUACGAGACCAUUGCAGAGUGCAGAGUCCUGCAGACGCUGGGGGCGGAUGCUGUGGGUAUGAGCACAGUCCCAGAGGUGGUGGUGGCUCGUCACUGUGGCCUGCGUGUUUUGGGUCUGUCGCUUAUCACCAACAAGGUCGUGACAGAUUAUGACAGCAAUGAGAAAGCAAACCACGAGGAGGUGCUGAAGACCACCCAGCGCCGAACCCAGGACCUCCAGAAGCUCGUCAGUAACCUCGUCAAUAAGAUCUAG